AUUACUCCACAAUCCCCCAUGGCCUCGCCGCGCUCAUCAGCUCGACGCAAGAAACAGCCUCAGGCUGAAAUCACUGAUGUGGCCGCAGAGGCUCUUGUCCAGAUUGAGCAACUGAAAGCGCAGAUCGAGUUGUUGACGAAGGCAAAGGAUAUAGCAGAGAAGAGCACCGAGGAGGCACAGGCUGCGCAACAGGAUGCUGUACGGACCGCACGUGCAGCGCAAGCACCAGGAGCAGAGGACGAAAUCAUAUACAGGCCCGAGGGUACCUGUAGUGGUGGUACGACACGGAAAUCGUUUUCGCUCCAAGCGGCAAUGCGGUUGGACAAUGACCGCGCACUCUACUUAUCAAUCCAGCGCACCGUUCACGAUGCUGUGAUUGAAGCCAAGUUGGACCUCACGAAGACUUCCAAGGCUCAGUCUCCCGAGAAGGUUGUCAAGAUGUGCCGCGUUGCCGCCAACCGGCAGCCAUACCUUCGCCGUUUUGAUCGUCAUUGGCCAACACUCAAACUGUUUAAGCAAUACCUCAAGAAUCGCGGAAAGUAUCUACGCCGCUCUGCUCGCGAAACUGCUGCGCAGGUUAGCGAAAAGGAGCACAUGUCCGAUAUCCGUGAUCUGCCAUCUGAUGAUGAUAGAUCCGAUGGGGGUGAAGGGGUGUAGAUAUACAUCACGCAUAUGUACUUUAUUGUAAUAUAAUCUGG